GACAAAAAUGGAGCUCCAGAGACGAAAGAGGAGAAGCCGGCGCCUCUGGGAACGCUAAGUCAAUUUCAACAAACCCAACUACGGGCCCAGAUUCAAGUGUACCGUCUGUUGGCCCGGAAUAUGCCGAUCCCGGAUCACCUCAGUCAGCAGGCUCUGCGGUCCCAGGGUGGACCCGGCGUGGGACCGCCGAAACCGCCGGUUCCAAAACAGAAUAGGAUAACUCCGCUCGCCAAGCCGCAAGGUCUUGAUCCUCUCGAGCUCCUCAAGGAAAGAGAAAACCGAAUAACGCAACGCAUCGCUCACAGAAUCAACGAGCUGAAACGAAUCCCCGCGGUCUCGAUUCCGGAAGACCUCAAAGUCAAGGCUCUUAUCGAGCUCCGUGCCCUAAGGCUGCUUAACUUCCAACGUCAGCUCAGGACAGAAGUGACAGCAUGCAUGAGGAAGGACACGACCCUCGAGACCGCUCUGAACCCAAAACUGUACAAAAGAACGAAGCGUCAAGGUCUUCGAGAGGCGCGAAUCACCGAAAAGCUCGAGAAACAGCAGAAAUUGGAGCAAGAGAAGCGCAAGAAGCAGAAGCACCAAGAGUACCUCACCGCUGUCCUUCAGCACGCGAAGGAUUUCAAGGAGUUCCAUAAGAAUAACGUUCAGCAGAAAAUAUCUAAAAUCAAUAAGGCGAUCAUCACUUACCACCAGAACACGGAACGCGAGCAGAAGAAGGAGCAGGAGCGGCUCGAGAAAGAACGUAUGCGUCGUCUGAUGGCAGAAGACGAAGAGGGUUACAGAAAACUUAUCGAUCAGAAGAAAGAUAAACGUCUGGCUUUCUUGCUGACGCAGACCGACGAGUACAUCAACAACUUGACCAAAAUGGUGGUACAACACAAGAAAGAACUCAAAAAACUAAAGAAACCCAAGAAGCCCAAGAUGGAGAGCAUCGACGGCAAGGACGACCAGAACCAAGAAGUUCGGGUGCGCGUCAUCGAAACCGCGACGGGCACCGAACUUAGUGGAACAGAUGCGCCUUUGGCAACCGAAAUCGACACCUGGCUCGAGGCUCAUCCGGGGUGGGAAGCCGCCCCGCGAGACGCCGAAACGGACGAUUCGUCCGACGACGACGGAGUUCAACAAGUUUCAGAACCCGUCGACGAAACUCCGGUCGAACCUGCACCGGUCACGGUCACCAAAGACGACGACGAAUACGAGAAAAAUUCCGCCGCGCAGAUCCAGAACUACUACAACAUCGCGCACGCCAUUCACGAGCCGGUCACCGAGCAAUCGAGUCUCCUCGUGUUCGGUCGCCUGAAAGAGUAUCAGGUCGCGGGUCUCGAAUGGCUGGUCUCCUUGUACAACAACAACCUCAACGGUAUCCUUGCCGAUGAAAUGGGUCUCGGGAAGACCAUUCAGACGAUAUCGCUGAUCACCUAUCUCAUGGAGAAGAAGAAAGUCAAUGGACCUUACCUCGUCAUUGUUCCGCUCUCCACCCUCUCCAACUGGCAGCUCGAGUUCGAUCGGUGGGCUCCGAGCGUUUUCAAAGUUGCUUACAAGGGCUCCCCGAAUCUGCGUCGUUCGUUGCAAGCACAGCUCCGGAACGGCAAGUUCAACGUGCUGUUGACAACCUACGAGUACGUCAUCAAGGACAAAGCGACGCUCUCGAAAAUAAAAUGGAAGUACAUGAUCAUCGACGAGGGUCACAGAAUGAAGAACCAUCACUGCAAACUGACCCAGGUCCUGAACACGCAUUACACUGCGCCUCAUCGAUUGCUCCUGACAGGAACCCCUCUGCAGAACAAGCUACCCGAGUUGUGGGCCUUAUUGAAUUUCUUGCUACCGUCGAUUUUCAAAUGUUGUAACACCUUCGAGCAGUGGUUCAACGCUCCGUUCGCCACAACCGGUGAGAAAGUCGAGCUCAACGAAGAAGAGACGAUCCUCAUCAUCCGUCGUCUUCACAAAGUUCUUCGACCUUUCCUUCUCCGAAGACUGAAGAAGGAAGUCGAACACCAACUCCCCGACAAGGUCGAGUACGUUGUCAAGUGCGACAUGUCCGCGUUGCAGAGACUGCUCUACAAACACAUGCAGAAGGGAAUUCUGCUCACGGAUGGUUCCGAGAAAGAUAAGAAGGGCAAGGGCGGCAUGAAGACGCUCAUGAACACUAUCAUGCAACUGCGAAAAAUCUGUAAUCAUCCGUUCAUGUUCUCGCACAUCGAAGAGUCGUUCGCGGAGCACAUCGGCAACGGUUCCGGACAGCCAAUCACGGGUCCGGAUCUUUAUCGCGUCGCUGGAAAAUUCGAACUACUCGACCGGAUACUGCCGAAGUUCAGAGCGACCAACCACAGAGUGCUGGUCUUCUGUCAAAUGACAUCUUGCAUGACAGUCCUGGAGGAUUACCUCAGUUUCCGAGAGUUCUCCUACCUCCGUCUCGACGGAACCACCAAAUCAGAAGAUCGUGGUCAAUUGUUGGCGAAGUUCAACGCUCCCGAAUCGCCGUAUUUCCUGUUCCUUCUGUCAACAAGAGCAGGAGGUCUUGGGUUGAACUUGCAGACAGCAGAUACGGUGGUCAUUUUCGAUUCCGAUUGGAAUCCCCAUCAAGAUCUGCAGGCCCAAGAUCGAGCCCAUCGUAUCGGUCAGAAGAACGAAGUCAGAGUUCUUCGACUCGUCACCGUGAAUUCCGUGGAAGAACGUAUCUUGGCCGCGGCCAAGUACAAGUUGAACCUUGACGAGAAAGUUAUCCAGGCUGGUAUGUUCGAUCAGAAAUCCACCGGGAGUGAGCGUCGUCAGUUCCUGCAAGCCAUUCUCCAGGAUGAGAACGAGGAGGAAGAAGAGGAGAACGAGGUUCCCGACGACGAAACCAUCAAUCAGAUGAUCGCUCGAUCUGAGGACGAGUUUAACAUGUUCCAGAAGAUGGAUCUGGACAGGCGGCGAGAAGAAGCCAAAGUUAUCCCGCGCAAGCCUCGCAUGAUGGAAGAGAACGAGUUGCCGCAGUGGCUAGUCCUGAACGACGAAGAGGUCGAAAAGUUGACCCAUGACGACGAAGACGACCGGGUCUUCGGCAGAGGCUCAAGGGCUCGCAAAGAAGUCGAUUAUUCCGAUGCCUUAACUGAAAAACAGUUCCUCAAGGCCAUCGAAGAUGGCUCUGUUGAAGACUUCGACGAUGAGCCCGGCCCAUCUUCGGGCCGUCCUGGCCGCAAGAAACGGAGAAAGGUCGAAUCCGAGGACGAAGACGAAGCGUCGACCUCGAGGAAAAGACCCCGCAAAAGCCGUGGAGCGAAUAAGGACGAGAAGAGCAGCAUCAGUCCUCUUCUCAAACGACAAAUAAAAACUAUUCUCAACACAGUCAUCAGUUAUAAAGACGAAGACGACCGCGUGCUCAGUGAAAGCUUCAUGCAAUUGCCCCCCAGAAGGGAUCUUCCCGACUACUACGAGAUCAUCAAGAAACCCAUCGACCUGAACAAGAUGCAGAAACGCAUCAAGGAAGACUAUUACAAGUCCCUGGAUGAUCUCGAAGAGGACUUCAUGCUUCUGUGCUCGAACGCUCAGAAGUACAACGUCGACGGUUCGCUAAUUUACGAGGAUUCGAUUAUCAUGCAGUCCGUGUUCACAAAAGCGAGAGAACACGCUGGAAAGAAUGGAGACAAGCUGCUCGACGACGAUGACGACGACGAGGAGACUGAAAAGAAACCGAGAAAAACGAAAACCCCCCGGAGAGAGAUGCCGAAAAAGAAGCGGAAAAGCAAAUACGUUGACAGCGACGAAGAUGAGACCGAAGACAGCGAUUGAAGAUCUCCAAGAGUCGUUUAGAGCAGCGAAUAUGGUUGACGGAAGAGGACCAUCUGAACGGGCUCCACGCAGAAGUCAUCAGUGACUCUCUCGGAUUUCGGAAGGGCGGCGGAGCUGCAUUCCGACUUCCGACGGCAUCGUCGAAGGUAUCGACUCGGUUGCCGGUUUUUCGAGGGUGUGUUCUUUCCCGGAGAAACAGAAAUUCUCAUCUCUCCGUGCCGGAAGCUCGAAGGAGCGCCUACUCCAAUCAGGGCGGAAAUUAUAUUGAAACAUACGAGAACGAAUACAUUAUCCGCUUUAGGUAUCGGAGCCUAACUCCCUCCAAAUGGCUCCGAGCUCCGAGCCGCGAGCAUAUUCGGAAUUCGGGCGCCCUCGAAAAUGCUCAGAAGUUCAUGGAAUGAUCUGGAAGACUCCGGAAAAGCUUUGAAAAUUUUCGGGACCCUCUCAGACUGAGC